GCUGGCAGUCAGUUUCAUUGGCGUCUGUGUCUUUUUUUUAUUUUCCCCACCACCCUUUCUUUCUUGCAGCCCGAAUAACGUAAGGAAGGCUUUUGCUACCACCCACUGCUCAACCUCCGACCAGCACACACACAUGCACACGCUCUCUUGCCUCUCCUCUCUUGUGCAUUCCCCUUGGAUCUGACUCUAAAAGGAGUGACAUUCUUUUUUUAAAGAGAACAUUUUGAACCACCUAAUUUUAAAUAAAAAUUUCAAGAAGAAUGGUCAUGGGCUCGACAGAGACACAGUGGCGUCAGGGGGAACUCCCACAGCUGCAGGGCUGGGCAGAGAAAGGGAUGCUGACACAGCCAAAGAUGAUAAUCAGCAACAUGGAGCCUCAGGUGACGAAUGGACCGACUGCCACCACGGCCAACGGGCCCUCCAGUAACAGUCGGAGCUGCUCCUCCCCCAUGCAGUCGGGCGGUCUCGCCGACGACAGCAAGACCAACCUCAUUGUCAACUACCUGCCCCAGAACAUGACACAGGAGGAGUUCCGCAGCCUGUUCGGCAGCAUUGGCGAGAUCGAGUCCUGCAAGCUUGUCCGGGACAAAAUUACAGGACAGAGUUUGGGCUAUGGCUUUGUGAACUACAUCGAUCCAAAGGAUGCAGAAAAAGCCAUUAACACAUUAAACGGACUUAGACUUCAAACUAAAACUAUUAAGGUGUCCUACGCCCGGCCCAGCUCAGCCUCUAUCCGUGAUGCUAACCUGUACGUCAGCGGCCUUCCCAAAACCAUGAGCCAGAAGGAGUUGGAGCAGCUGUUCUCCCAGUACGGACGCAUCAUCACAUCACGCAUCCUGGUGGACCAGGUCACAGGCCCCUCAGGUGCCUCCCGGGGCGUGGGGUUUAUCCGCUUUGAUAAGAGGAUAGAGGCAGAGGAGGCCAUCAAGGGGCUGAACGGACAGAAACCCUCGGGCACCGCCGAACCAAUCACUGUCAAGUUCGCCAACAACCCCAGCCAGAAAACCAGCCAGGCCCUCCUCUCCCAGCUCUACCAGUCUCCAAACCGACGGUACCCUGGCCCCCUGCACCACCAGGCCCAGAGAUUCAGGCUGGACAACUUGCUUAAUAUGGCCUAUGGCGUAAAGAGGUUCUCUCCCAUCACCAUCGACAGCAUGACCAGCCUGGUGGGGAUGAACAUCCCCGGGCAUACCGGGACUGGCUGGUGCAUAUUCGUGUAUAACCUGUCUCCAGACUCGGACGAGAGUGUGCUGUGGCAGCUCUUCGGGCCCUUUGGAGCGGUCAACAAUGUCAAGGUCAUCCGCGACUUCAACACCAACAAGUGCAAAGGCUUCGGCUUCGUUACCAUGACGAACUACGACGAGGCGGCCAUGGCCAUCGCCAGCCUGAACGGCUACCGUCUGGGUGACCGAGUCCUCCAAGUCUCCUUCAAAACCAGCAAGACCCACAAAUCCUGAACCCCACAACACAGCAACUCCACACAGGAAAAACAAAAGAACUGGGGAUGGCUUAUAAUAUAACUUUGGACCUAUAAGCCAAUGUUGCCUAAGUAUUAAAAGAAAAAUAAUAAUUUGGAAGCCCUGUGAUUGUAACAGGAUCUUUUUUUUUAUGUACACAGUAGCAAAACCGGUCCCCCUAAUUUCAAAGACGUGAAUGUCUUUUCUUAAGAUUUGCGUUCUGUUGUACACUUUGUGGGUAUUCUUCCUACCCGGAUUGGCUGUCUUCUGAGAAACACCUUUCUUGAAAGGUGGGGGGUGGGGGGUGGGGAUGGUUGCCUCUUUUAGAAAAACAGUUGACCAUUUAUUGAAUAUAUUGUUUGUUUUUUAAGUCCAGUUUAAAUUGGUAAACUACCCCAUUUUACAGUCAAAGGGAUGACACAACAAAUGUUUCCUUUGUUAAAAAGGAAAAACAUUAAUUUUUCUUUUGUAUUGCAAACAAAACACAUGUUUUUCCUCACUUGGGGUGGGGAAAGGGAGAAGGGUGGGUUCAGUUUCCUGAUCUGAUGACAUACGGAACGAUUUUAAAAACACUGUUGCCAAAGAGAAGAUCUCUUUGCUUGAAAAUGGGUUUCGAAAAAGAAAAUAAAAUCUAUUUUUAUAAAUAAAAAAAUUCAUAAUUAUUGAAGAAUUUUUACAAGAAUCUGGAUAAAAAAAUAUUUUGACUGGCUAAUGUAGGGGGAUAAAAUUGCCAGCUUGUCUUGUUCAUUCUGCAGUGGUACUUUUUAAGAUCAAGGUUGUGUGUUUUUGAAAAAAUCGGAUUGCCGAUUUUGUUUUGUAGACGGAAGGUUUUAUCAAGUGCAAAUAAAAAUGCAGGCAGGUGAUCUUCUUCAUAACUUUUCAUAGACUAUAAUGAUAAAUGUAAGGGAAAAUGAGAAGGGUUUUCCUAGCCCAAGCAGUUCCCCAAUCCAGAACCCUAAAGCAAGGAGAUGCAUUGUCAGCGGAUUUUCUUUCAGUCAUCAGUAUAUGGGAUAUCAGUAAUAAAUAUAUCAAUUAAGAACUUUUUUUUUCUUCUUGUUUCAAUUCCUUAAUAUAAAAAAACUAAUAAUAAAAACCUUCCUUUUAGUUUUCAGCGGUAGGUGCUAUAUUAUAUAACAUGAUUUACAUAUCUUAAAUAUCCAAGUUCGUUGUUCUAUGUGUUGUUUAGAGGUACUUCGAUGUUCACAUUGAAUUGAGCUGCUGUUAUUUUCAUUUUUAUUAUUCGACUUGUAGCCCCCUGGCCUUUUCUUUUCUCAAAGUACUGCGAAAUCUGAAAGGCAGAAUAAAAGGGGCAUGUUGUAUCACUUAACGAGUUUUCUUUGGCGUGCUGACUUUACGUUUAAGCGUUGAUUGUGAUGCAUUUGGUCAGAAUCAAAUAAUUAGCUAGUUUUGUUAGUCUAGUAUUUGUUUACUCAAAAAGGAGCUUCUAGAAAAGAUGCAGCUGUGUCUUUAUUUGUUGUGUACGAAUAAAUAUAUAUAGUCUCAUUUUUUAAUAUAUAUAUAUAUAUAUAUAUAUAUAUUUAAAAUAAGUCACUGGUUUAUGUUUUAGCUUGUCUUUUCAUAUGAAAACUUUAAAAGUGAUUUAUUAAGUUACUUAGAAACCUUGUGAGAAUCUCGUUUAAUAUGUUGUCACGUCGCUUGUGAAUAUUUUUGGGGUUUAUAUUUCCUACCGCCGCGGAAGAACCCGAAUAAAGCUAUUUAUUUAUAGAUUGAUUGAUUUAUUUUAUUUAUUUUUUCUGUCGUCUGUGUUUUGCGUGAUUCUGGUAUGGGAGGGGGGGAUGUUUACGAGCUAAAGGGAACAAAUCGACUGGAGGGGGAGGUCUCCCUUUAGUCCAGUGCACUGAAAACUUUUAGUACAUUUGUGCUUUGUACCAAUAUAACAAAAUAAACAUUUAAAAUGAUUGAAAAAAAAAGGUGGAGAGGGUUGGUGGCACUCUUCCCUGGUUACUAGAAGCUGUUACUCGCUAUGCAUAACCUAGUUGAUAGUUGAAUUUGCUAUUGCUUUUUUGUCUUGUUAAAAUCUUUCAAUCUUUUUCAAUAAAGUUUAGUCUUACUAGAAUGUUAACAGUUGUUCUGGUUCAAUAUAACCUGUGCUAAGUUGGUGUAUUUUAAUGCUACUCCUCUCUUCCUCUUCCCCUUCACACCACACUUAAGCUCACAAGAGAAGAAGAGAAGGAAACUCAUUUGGUUACAUGGCAGUUUUCAUCCUCGAUGUAGUGGACAGACUAGUUUUGAAGAUUGUUUAAAAAGUACUGUAAUGGUGUUGCAGGCCAGUUUAAAUUAAUAUAAUUAGUAUAUAAAAACUAAUCAGGAUAACAAUACACUGGAACAACAAUACACUUUUUUUUUUUUUUAAGAUUUAAAAAAUGGUUAUACUUGUCAGUAAGUACAAAUUGGGAUUCGGAAAUAAGACUUUAGGAUUCGUUUAUUAUUUUGAGCCCUUUAUCCCAGGUGAAUAUUGAAAUGUAUGAUAUUGUUUUGUUUAGUAGUCACCUGACCAGGAGCACUGAGGAAGCUGUUGUGGCUCCUGCAGCAAAUUAAACAUGUUGUGUCAAGCAUCUUCAGUGAAAGUGCAUACCUCAUAGCGGAUAGACCAGUGUAUCCAUUCUAUCCAUGUGCCUGUGUGUAGAUCACUAACAGAUGCUUUGAAAUAUAUGGGACUGCAUCACGUACCAGCAGUGCUUUUAAAAUGCUACAGUAUAUUAAUAUUACAGUGUGGUUCAGGGUUACCCACCUGCAGAAUCUGAAUCGCUAGUGUUUAUGUGUGUGUGUCAGAGGGGUUGGGGGAGGGCGGCUCUUGUCAUUUUCAUUUUCUUCUGAAAUGUGUUUGUUUAAUAUCUGAGAAACUAGAAAACCUUUCACUGGACCAGACAGUUCUGUCCGACUUGAGUUAAUCUUAUUAUUAAUCUAAUUACUGCGAUGAAUGACUUCAUGUUAUCCUUGCUAGUUUAGAUCAUUUCUGAAACUGGAAACAAAAAAUGGAAAAAAAAAAAAAAACCUUGCUGUAAAUGUUUUUUCAUAAAACUGUUGUGUUUGAAUUAUUUGUACUUUUGAAUGUCGGGACAAUAAAAUGAGGUGUUGAGA